UUUCUUAAAACAGUUGUCGUGCAUUUUGUAAUCGCCUUAUUAGUUUGUGCUUAUUCGUUGAACGUACUUGACCUUCGAAAAAUUUGUGACAGCACCUCGUCAAAUUAAUUGAAUAUAGAACGGGUGAUGCAUUGGAAAAUAGACACCGUCGUCGCUAUGUUAUGACUUUUAUUACGAGUAUAAUAACUGUUCACAAGAAGACGACACCAGAAAGCGUCGUUUGCUGAAAGGAAUUCAUGUCCAGUGUACUAUGGUUUCAUUAGUGAAAGAAAUUUAUUAGAAAACGUUCGUCUGUUCACGGAUUCCAAAUACAGAAAACAUUAACGGGGCAGUCGAAGCUUACAGGGUUGCCUGCAGUAUGCUCACAGAUUGCAAUAGAGGAAUAUUAUGGCUGCAGGUGAGGCCAGCACAACAAAGCCUCGUCAAGAAAAGCAAUACGACUAUCUCCUUAAAUUCUUACUGGUGGGUGACAGCGACGUUGGAAAGCAAGAGAUCUUGAGUGGACUCGAAGAUGGUGCUGCCGAAUCACCGUUUUGCAGCGGCAGUGCGUAUAAAACCACCACCAUUUUACUAGAUGGGAAGAGAGUAAAGUUACAAUUGUGGGACACAUCGGGUCAAGGUAGAUUUUGUACAAUAAUCAGAUCUUAUUCUCGCGGUGCACAAGGUAUAAUUUUAGUCUACGACAUUACCAAUAAAUGGUCUUUCGACGGUAUUGACAGAUGGCUGAAGGAAGUUGAGGAGCAUGCUCCUGGGGUACCAAAAGUACUCGUUGGAAAUCGUCUUCAUUUAGCAUUUAAGAGACGUGUAGGGGAGCAUUAUGCAAAGGCAUAUGCAGCUAAAAAUCAUAUGGCAUUUUUUGAAGUUUCACCCCUUUGUAACUUUAACAUUCGUGAAAGUUUUUCGGAACUUUCGCGUAUGGCGCUACAUCGUAAUGGCAUGGAAAGAUUAUGGCGAUCCAACAAAGUUCUCAGUCUUCAAGAACUUGCUUGUCGCGCGAUAGUAGCAAGAACGACAGUGUAUGGUAUUGAUCAGCUUCCGUUGCCUAAGUCUAUAAAAUCUCAUCUAAAAUCUUAUGCGAUGACAACAACGUCUCAAUUACGUUACAACGGAAACAGAUCUUUGAGCUCCAGUAAAAGCCUCGGAUCCCACCAUCGAAAAUUACGUUUCGUUGGGGUCGGUUACAACGGACUUUCGACGCCAGGUAGCUCGCCCAUACCCGAUUCUCGUACCAGUUGCGUCGGUCGUAAUUCUUGCGCGAUAUCUUGAGGGUAAUUGUCCAGUUGCAGUUAACUUAAAUGAACAUGCAACACGUAUCAACGUUCUUCCUCCCAGUUUUGAUGUAUAACGUUUUGAUAAAAUGUGUGCCAUCCGAAGUGGUAAAGAAUUUUGUAAUAUUUCUUCUUAAAUAAUAUAACUAUAGUAUGAAUCGCGCUCACCACGUAAAUGGAAAUGUGAUUUGUCAUACAAUCAACAAGUUUCGAUAUGACCACAACACAAUUUUUAUGCUUGAUGUGUAACAACAAUUCUAUGUUAUAUACAAUAAUAGUUUCCACAUUAUAUUCUUCCGAAUUUCGAAAACAAACAUGCACUACAUUAAAUAAUAAUAAUGAGCUUAAACCGAAUUAAUUCUACGUGGAUUGCUAUGAGUGUGCUCUAUUUAUUUUACAACUAUGUAGCAUCUAGAAUUUUUCUAUAAGCAAAAAAGAUUGUCAGUUCAUACAAUAUCCGUAAUGACCAUUUUUAAAAUAUCAUGAACAUUUCAAAUUCGGAUCAGUCGAGAUGCUUUACUGAAUAAGUAACAGUACGUUUUAGAUUUAUACUGUUUAGCAUUAUUUUAUUAUAUAUUCGUGAGCCGAUGGUUUUUCAACUAAUUAAGAAGCAUCAAAGUAUUUUAUACAUUUUGAUGCACAAGUGUUUUAAAACGGAGAAAGUAAGAAAUGUUGAAGUGAAAAGUACAAGUUUGCUAAGUCUACAAGGGUUGUGGUGUAGACCAGGAAUAAUAUAAGUUGAAUAGUUUAGAGCAGCUAAUUGGACAUUAGCAUGUAAGAAUAAAGUUCCCAACAUUAAUAUCUAUAA